UUCAGCAGGCUCAUCUCCUCCUCUGUUGAGUUCAGGCCUCUCUGUACCAAAGACAGAUGGACGCGACGUUUUAAAGCACAGAUUAAAAGAAAACAAGUUGGAAGUUUUCUUCAAAACAUUAUUUCAGGGGUUAAAAGGUUUAAAGAUAAAAACUCCAUCGGAUGUCACCUGUCUCUGUGACUUCAUGCUCUGCUGAGAUCUGGAAACAAACCUGUACAGAGUGAUGGGCAGUGCUGGCCAAGGCCUGACUGCUCUGUCUCAUAGCCGGGUCACCCUUCAGGAUACUGUACUAUUUUCUGGUCUGGAGAAGUUGCCUGUCGCUCAAGAUCCUGACAGCCAGAGCUGGAGGUCCCUUGAUAGUCCUAGCCCACCAGCCACACCUGAGCAAACUCUGCCCACCUUCUGCCUGCAGUACUUUGAUAUGCUCUACCCAGACGACAGCAACUGGGUCCCCAAAGGUCUGGGUGAGAACCCGCAACCCAACAGCCAAGGAGGAAGGACGGAAGUGCCUAAAGAACCCGAGCAGUGCCCUAUCAUUGACAGUCAAGGUCUGAGCCUCAUACCUGAGAUGGACUACCAAGCCAGUCUUCACCUGGAGGAGCACUCUCUAGAGCAGGUGCAGAGUAUGGUGGUGGGUGAGGUGCUCAAGGACAUUGAAACAGCUUGCAAGCUUCUCAAUAUUGCCGCAGACCCAGCAGACUGGAGUCCAGGAAAUGUCCAGAAGUGGAUCUUAUGGACCGAACACCAGUACCGAUUGCCACAAAUUGGAAAGUCAUUCCAGGAUCUGUCGGGGAAGGACCUGUGUGCCAUGUCUGAGGAUCAGUUCCGUCAACGUUCCCCAGCAUGUGGUGAUGUCUUGCAUGCUCAUCUGGACAUUUGGAAAUCAGCUGCCUGGAUGAAAGAGAAAACUGCCCCUGGAGAGAUGCAUUACUGUGGGAGUGAAGAGAACUGGACAGACAGUGAAGUGGACUCAUCCUGCUCAGGCCAGCCCAUUCACCUAUGGCAGUUUCUGAAAGAGCUGCUGCUGAAGCCCCAUAACUAUGGACGUUUCAUUCGUUGGCUCAAUAAGGAGAAAGGUAUAUUCAAGAUUGAAGAUUCUGCCCAGGUGGCUCGUCUGUGGGGAAUCCGGAAGAACCGGCCUGCCAUGAACUAUGACAAGCUGAGUCGCUCCAUACGGCAAUAUUAUAAGAAAGGGAUCAUCAGAAAACCAGACAUUUCCCAGCGGCUGGUCUACCAGUUUGUGCACCCUGUCUGAAUGGUAGAUGGAACAAAUUCAGAAACACUGACUACUAUGGGGGCUGGGGGACUUUCUGGAAGUGUAGCACUCCUUACCCUCUGCAAUAUGAUAACUAACAAAGAUGAAAUCAAGGACUCCUGGAUUAUUUUGUAUACAGAGGACAAGAGGCUAGGAACUCACUGGAUUUGCCUGUUCAACUUCAGAGAUUCCUGUGUGCCCUGACUGUGUUUGAAGAGCAGGGACACAAACCUGUAUUGCCAAGGUAAAACGGCAUAUAGCAAGGAACUGCUGUAGAACGAAAUACAUAUAUUUCAACUUUUGUGGGGCGGGGGGUUGGUGGGAUGUGGUUCUGUGUGUAGGAAAUUAUCAUUUCCAUAUAUAUCUAGUUGCAUACAAUGGGAAGCCAAGAGAAGGUGGGUAAUUGCUGGAAGAGAAGAAUGAAUGGAGAUGGUAUAUUGAGUUUAGCCAGCUGAUGUUGCUUCUUUCCCAACAAAGACAUUGGAAACAAAUUCUGAUUUAUGGGAGUGAGUAGAUUUCUUUUUGCAACUUCACUGAAAAGCUGUAGGACAAAUCAUUUAAGGCACCAGGAAAAGUAUUUCACAUGUGAGCCAAGGCUCAUCAUAAAUUGGUUUGGGAUGGAUUUGGUGGCCAAAUCUCUGGUAAUGUAUUGUCCCAUAUCCUGUAAUGUCCUAUGACAGUUUUCUAAGUGGUCUGAAUGUCUCAGAACCUCUAAGCGUCCUUUGCUUACCACUUACCAAACAGGACAUCUCAAGAGCACAGCAUAACUCUAAAAAUGGCUCUGGUGAACUUGCCAUGGGGGCCAUGCCACCUGAAUGUCUUGCUCAUUCUCACAAUUUACCUUUUUACUUUGGGCAUAGUUUUUAAAAACACAGGUUUUGGGGGUUGGUAUUGACCAUGUUUCUGUAAACCAGGAGUAUUUCUUUGGGUUUCAGUAUAAUGGUGUAACAGUAAUAUAUUGGGUCUGUGUGUUGAUUACAGGAAAGCAUGAUGAUAGCUGAUCUCAAGAGAUCAGGCCAGAAUGUCCACCUAUGUUUGCUGUUCGUGAACUGUCCACUUUCUCAUUCAUAUGCAUGAAUGAGAGAAGUUACUGUUUUCAGGUAUUGUUAGCAGAAGGACAGAGUCACCCAUUCUCACUGUGUGAACGAGCAUCGCAUGAAAUGAAAGACAAUAGGACCAUGUACAGUAACCUCUUGCCAGGGCUCACUCUGACCCAAGACUAGAACACUGUGGCACCUGCAUGCCUGUGGAGGCCAACUGGCUGAGCAUCUGGACAAUGCUGAGAACAGCAGAGUCACUACUAGGCUGCAUGGAACAUGGUGCUGGCAACUGUACAGGUUGUUGUGAUGCACUCACAUUACCUGGCCUGAUGUACCGAUCACUGGGGGGUGGCAACAAUCACAAGAGCAGCCAAAGCAGUAGGGCCUUUGCUACUGAUUUUCUGAAAAAAUGCAGUGGCCCAGCUAAUGUUGGGAAUUGGAGAUCACCUCCCAGCCUCGGGGGGUUGCUUUACAUGCAUCACCCUCUGUCACACAGAUGCUCGCAGCUCCCCAAUUGAAAGCAGUCUGUGCCAAAUCAAACCAAUUGUGUACACUUCUUUGUAAGCCUGUGAAUCUGACUGACUCCGUGUUUGAAGCCAAACAUGAUAGUUCCAUGCACUGCCAAUCAGGAGGAGAGAAGCUGAAUGCAUGCAGUUGCUCUUCUUCUCUGGGCCAAGACAAGACCUUUUCCAUUUCACCUGGCAAAAUGGUCAGAUGUUAUUGAAAAAUCUGUCAAAGGCUACCAAAGGACAGCAGAAAGACUCGGGCUGCUUUUAACUAGCACUGAGCAAGCAAAAUAUUUAGAGACACGGGAAACAGAAAGUAAAUAGCUAGGGGUUGUGUACCAGGGCCUUUUAUCUCACAUCUCCUCCAGAAUGGAGGGUGUGCAUUCACAUAUCGGGCAGAUUUACCCCCAAAGUCCCUGCAAGCUAUCGGGGAGCACUUCACACACAAUUUGGAUUUUUCACUGUGUUAGAGCCUGGUCUAUAACUGGGUUUUUUAAAAAAAUCAAAUUUUUAUGUCGUUUUUUUGGGGGACAACUUUGCUUUUGCAGUAAAGCCUGGCAGUAAACUCGCGGUAAAGCCCACCAAAGUGUCAAGCUUUGGUGUUUAGAUCUGAAGUGAAGUUAAUUCAACUCCCUGUGGUGUAAGGGUUACUCCGAGAGUCGGGAUCCAUAUGAAUUUACUAGCCCUCAUUGAAAGAAAAAUACAUACUUAAAACUCCAAUAGCUGCCUAUUUUUACUGCCUUUUCCUUUGUUUAUGAAUACAUGUAUAUAUUUUAGGAGUGGGUAGGGUCUUUUUUUUGUGGAAGAAAAAUAUCACAGACUUAUCCCCCUUGGAUCAUUUCAUUUCUGCAUCAAAGUGGUGUACAAAAUGGAUAAUGCUCCUUUUUGUAAAAUAGAGAUGUACAGAGUGGAGGGUCAAUCAAGCCUCUGAAGUGUGUGUAAUUGGAGGUGAGUAAGCACCUGGCAAACAAUGUAGCUGCUGGUGAAUAUAAUUAAUACAUGCGUAAACAAAAUUGAACAUUGUAGCUAUUGUGUGCUGUAACAAAAAGCACCUGCUUCCCCUCCCUUUUCCUGUAUACAAAAGGGGGUAUGUUUUAUGCAUAUUAAUUAAUGCAGAAAAUAUCAAAAGCUUGCAGCAAAAGAGCUGCAUCUGGUGAUGGUGAAAGAUCUGUAUUGGUGGGAUAGGAGCAUCUUGUGGAUGAGUCCCUGUUGAUAUAUGCACACAUUAUAGAUGACCAGUACAAGUUGGGAGUGUAAGUACCUAACUGUAGUACAAUACUGAGAAAUGUUAGGGAAUGACUGCUCUCCUAACUCUUGCUCCAAAAAUAAAAUGGCAAAGAAAACUCA